GCCAUUUUAGGAGGAAACGCGAACCUCAGGCCUUUACGUUUCAAUAACUUUAUUGAGCCCUCAGGCCCGAGAACACCUCCUCUGCGCACGCGCGGCCGCCUUCCCUCUCCCUCCCCUUCCCUCUCCCGGGAGGAGGGCGCUCCGCAGCUGAGGCGAAUGGGGCGACAUCCUCGGUUGGGGGCGGUUGUCCCGAGGGACUCCCGGAAAGCUGUCGGAGGAAGGCAGGGGAUCCCGGGCUCCUGCUCGCCGUCUUCCCCGGAGAAGGAGGGGGUGGUGCCCUGAGGAAGCUCAGGGAGGGGCGGCGAAGGAGGAGGACAAGCGCGCCACCCCGCCGGAGACCCCCGAGCCGCCAUGGGCAACACCACGAGUGAACGGGUGCCCGGGGAGCGCCACGGCUCCAAGUCCCACCGCGCCGAUGGCGCCGGCGGGCAGCCGCACGGCAAGGAGCACCCGCACAAGAUCAUGGUGGGCAGCACGGACGACCCGAGCGUCUUCAGCGUGCCCGACUCCAAGCUCCCUGGGGAUAAAGAGUUUGUGUCCUGGCAGCAAGAUUUGGAAGACUCUGUCAAGCCCAUGCAGCAAGCUCGUCCCACGGUCAUCCGAUGGUCCGAGGGAGGCAAGGAGGUCUUUAUCUCUGGAUCCUUCAACAACUGGAGUGCCAAAAUCCCCCUCAUUAAGAGCCACAAUGACUUUGUUGCCAUUUUGGACCUCCCCGAGGGGGAGCACCAGUACAAGUUUUUCGUGGAUGGCCAGUGGGUCCAUGAUCCAUCAGAGCCUGUUGUUACCAGCCAGCUCGGCACUAUUAACAACCUGAUACAUGUCAAAAAGUCUGAUUUUGAGGUAUUUGAUGCUUUGAAGUUAGAUUCCAUGGAGAGUUCAGAAACUUCAUGUCGAGACUUGUCCAGUUCUCCACCAGGGCUUUAUGGGCAAGAAAUGUAUGUCUUUCGAUCUGAGGAGCGCUUCAAAUCCCCACCCAUCCUCCCUCCUCACCUGCUCCAGGUUAUUCUUAACAAGGACACUAAUAUUUCUUGUGACCCAGCCCUGCUGCCUGAACCAAACCACGUCAUGCUCAACCAUUUGUAUGCACUGUCCAUUAAGGACAGUGUGAUGGUCCUCAGUGCCACUCAUCGCUACAAAAAGAAGUAUGUCACUACCCUGCUGUACAAGCCCAUCUGAGCGGAUCCCUCUUUGCUACCCUGGACGUGGGAGAAAUGUUCUCUUUGUGUUUCGGGACUGAAUCCCAGCCUUAGCUUAGAAUUGAGAACUGGCUUGAGCUUUGAGGCCAGUUUGUUUGGUUCUGUGCCUCCUCUGAAUAGGCUGUUCUGCUCCUACAUUGGACAGCAGGAGAGCCUGUGGUUGUGUGUGUUGGUGUGUGUGUGUGUGCGGGGGGUAUUUUCUUGAAGAGAAAAGGGUGGGCUUCUGUAUGUAUAUAUUGCACAUACAGUAUCUUAAUGUUAUUGGAAACCUGGCCUCUGCCAAAUCUCUUUCUGUAGGAUGCCUAUUGGGUGCCUUUCAGUGGCCUGGGGGAGCAGAAGUGAGAACACCACUUAAAGCCACUUUCCCUGACCUGCAUGGAAUAAUAAAUGUGCAGGAAACUCGUCCAGCAUAGAACCUGGACAGAAGUGGGUCACACUGCCGGCCUGGCCCUCCCAUAGGAUUUCUUGCAUCUCUCUGUGGAAGUUGUCCUGGAUUAAGUGGAAGUCUCGUCUUUUCUCAAGUUCCCAAAGCUAUGAUUUUUUUCCCCAUACAACAAUGUUCAUUCUUCCUGAUCCCCUCCCCAGCACCUAUUCCUCACUCUUUUCCCUUCAGGACAAAACUUAGGAACAAAGGUGAGGGUCCCUGUGAAGGGCAGUGGGUGUGGAGACUUUGUUUCCUGUCUUAGGGGCAGCAUUGUCCAGAGACACCCUUUCUCUUUAGACCAUGUGCUGAGAUGUUCCAUGCUGGCUUGCUUUAGUUCCUAGUGAAGAAACCCAUUCAGAAGGUCCUAAAACUGGCAGGGUUCAUAAAGCAUGUUCCGCCUCGUGUAGGCUAGCUCUCAGCUCCUUCCGGCAGAUAGGAGAACAGUCUCAAAGGGAGAUCUUGUUCUUGAGCCUAGUUUCCUGAAAACUUACAUUUGGACAGCCCUUCCUGGGCCUGCCACUAGAAUGUAAUGCUGUGUGUGUCAUAUGUAUAUAUGGUGUGUAGAACGUCAUAUAAUAAUGACGUUUCUAUAGGGCUUUAUACUUCACAGAGCAUUUUACCUACCCGAUUUCAUGUGACUAAUAACCCUAUGAAGUAGGUAUGACAUGUUAUUUGUCUCAUUUUACAGAUGAGGGAAACUCAGUCUGGGGGAGUUAAGUGACUUGCCCAUGGUCACAAACCUAAUAAAGUGUCAAAGGUGGGAUUUGAAUCCGGGUCUUCCUAACCCUUAAGUCCAGCCCUCUGACCACUCUGCCAUGCUGCUCUAAGUGUAAGUUCACUGUGGCUUCCUUGGGUAGAGAAGGGAAUUCCUUCAUCCCCAAGUCUUUUGCCCUGAAACUAAAACACAAGAUGCCACCCUUGUUUCCUCACACUGUAUGAGCUUUAAGAAUAGUGCACUGAUCUCUUUAUGAGAUUUUUUUUUCUCAAUUUUUUUUUCGGGGAAAUAAGGGAUAAGUGACUUGCCCAGGGUCACACAGCUAGUGUCAAGUGUCUGAGGCUGGAUUUGAACUCAAGUCCUCCUGAAUCCAGGGCCAGUGCUUUAUCCACUGCGCUACCGAGCUACCCCUUUGCUCUCCUUUUAAAAGUAACUUGACUUUGACUUAGCAGAAAUCAUGGAGCCAAAUUCACUGUUAGAUUGUUGAGGCUUAAAAUUUUGCCAGGUGUCUGUGGGCCUUCCUUUUUUACAGAGAAAUGAAGGCCGUCUCUCCCCCAUUUAAGGAUGCUAGAGCUGUUUCUGACUGAGGCCCCCACACUGCCCAGGAUGUGCCCCACCACAUUAACAGGGCACCAGCAGCUCACUUUGGCCACCUCCUGUUUUCUUGGGAGUGAAGCCUCCUGGCCAGGCUCAAUCUUAGCUCAGUGGGGAAGGAGUGAGUAACACUCUUUAGGGACUGAUCUAAUUUUUGAGCUUGAUUUAUGCUGCCUUGGACACUCGACAACUUUUACCCCUUUGCACCAGAAAUCUUGGGUGGAGAACCUACUUGGGGCCCAGAUGCCCCUUGGCCUGUUAUGUUAUUGUUGCUGUUGUUGUUUAAACCGGUCAAAUCACAACAACACUGAAAUUUUUUUCAACAAAACACAACAUAAAUCGAGUGACUCACAGGUAGAGACUCGGAUGCCAGAUUGUGACAGGAUUGAACAAAGUUGUAGUUGUUACAUCUGAUAACCUCUGUAUUCAUGCAUUAAGCUUUUCAUUCCCGGUAGGUCUGUAGAGCAGUGGGGUGAGGCAGGGAAGGGGAUGCUCCUGUUCUCUGUCAGACCAGAAGCCUCUGGCUCAGUAGCAGUGGGGGGUGGUGCUGGUGUUCUCCAUUCAGACUUGGCUGUUCUGGAUGAUGCACGAUGUACCACUUUGCCAAGCUUUGGGGCCACGAGUAUGAAGCUAGCCAGCUCGUUACAAUGGAAUUGGUAAGGAGGGGCAUGGUCAUUCUCUCUGCCAGUUGCCACUCCCUUCCUUCUCCACAUGGGUUAGGACACUUGACCUGAGUCUAAGAAGUAGCCCCCAAAAUUAUUUUGGCCUCCCAAGAGGAGGUGGUCCAGAGCAUGACCUCCUGUGAUUUUCAAAAGCUUUUACAAGCAUUUGUUUCAAUGAUACCUUUAUCUUCUGCCUUAGAGAUUCUGAUAAAAGUUUGCAAUCGAUUUGGGCAAAAGCAGUGAAACCCUUGAAGCUUUUUUGUUGGUCAUUUCCCCAGAAUGUCUGAGCUGGCACAUUAACAGAGUGGGUUGUCCUUCAGGAAAGACCGUGAAAGAACCAAAACAUGGUAUAGGAACAGGGGGGGAAGGGGGGAACAGGAGAGAGGCUUGAGGGCAGGCAAGAGCUUCAGCCACUCUUCGAACCCUGGCCUAGCCCUGCCUUUGCCAAACCAAGCAUGGGAUCUGAGGGAUGCCCAGUCCCAGUCAUUCUCUUCCAUUGGCUGUGCACAUCGUGGGUUCCCUAUAAAUGCUCAUUUCCGAAGGGAGUGGUGACUCGAUGUCCCUUGAAGCAGACUUUUUAUUUUAAGCCACACUGGAACCAGUAAAAGGAAGUAGGGGUUCCUUGGAGUUUGGUGGGAUGUGAUGGGACCUCUAUGGCCACGGCCAUCCCCGGCCCUACAGCUCGGCUUUCACUCACGUAGACCUAUCCAGGAAGCAGCUCUCUGUCCCCAGUACAGGACUUAGGAAAGAGGCCUGUUUGUUUUCUUUGCUAAUCACAUCAUUCCCAGAUCUCUCCCUCCUUGGCAGACUGGGCCCUUGGAAACUCUUAUAACCUGUUUACCCUGAAGUGGCAGAAUUAACCCAUUUCUAGCUUCACACAGGGGGAGAAAGUACUGCUGCUAAGUGGGGGAAUGAAAUGAAUGCAUUGGUUUAGGAAGGCCCUUGGAGCCAUCUUUUCCCUGGGGAAACAAGCCAUGGACACGGUAUUCUAGCACCUUCUCUAAAUCCGCAUCCUCAGAGGUUUGACUGGUACAAACCAACAAGGAUGUGAGUCUGAGUGGGUCAUUGUUUCCUAGUUUAUGCUAUAUCUUCAGAACCAAAUCCCUGCCACUUUUAUCAGCUGCUACUAACCAGUUAUUCAGUGUCCAAAUAGUUAUGUGAUGGGUCAGGGCAUUUGCUUCAAAGCAGAUGGUGACACAGUUCAAGGCUGUGAGGUGCAGCUCCUCUAGAAGAAAAAGAGACCUUCAGGAGCAUGAGGGCCUACGCCAGCCCAGUCAGCAUUGAAGGAGACCUUCCAGGCCUGAGAAGGCCCUUAUCAGAGUUUUAUAAAUUGAAUUGAAUUGAGUUGUUGUCCCAGUUUGCCACCUGAGAGGGGGAGGUGUUGUUACUGACAAGGUUCUGUUACACUUAGAGAAGACCUUUUCUAUAGCCUGAAGGUCAAGGUUAGUUCCAUUUUGACUUCUCACUUGAGGUGGUAUCACUGCCCCAGAGAACACUGGCUAACAUAGAGGUAUUCCUAGACAUGAAAUUUGAGACAAGUGCUGAACCCAGUCAAUUUUAUCUCAAAAAGGUUGACUAGUGAAGGGCACCUACAUUCAGUGUCUUUAAGUCUCUGUGAUGUCUCCUUCCUCUCUGCAGACACAUCACCUGACUAGGAUGUUUCCAGGCACCCAGAGCAGGAAUGCCCAUUUGUUGAAUGGUCUUAAAUCUUUGCAUGGGCCCUUGAAAAGGGCCGAUUGAAUUUUCAGAAAACAGGAGGAUUCUUACCUGUUGCUGUACCUAUAUGUGUUGGAAUGAUUUGAAUGAAGGCAGUUGUUCAUAGGCUAUACUCUUUGAGGGAAAGGGAGUGAACCUAUAAUUUGUGGGAAGGAUGAAAAAACAGACCCCUUCUUUGAGUAGCUGGUGCUCUUUGUCCCUAAUAUGCUAAGGAAUAGAGUUAAUCUUUGAUAUUUCUCAAGAUGUACUGUUCAAAGGUGUAGAGACCCUUUUACCUCUCACUACUGGUAACCUGUGACUGAACCCUGGAUGAGUUGUGUGAUAGCGGUAGUAUGCAGAGACUCUGUGAUAAUGUGCAUGGAUUCCUUUUCCCAUGAAUGUAACUUUUAAAAUAAAAAUGAUUGUACAACUUAA